UGAGGACGAAACGCCGGUUCGGUUCAAUUCGGUUUGGUUGUUCUGAUACGUUUGAUGCUGCUGAAAUAGAACCAGAGAGAACAGAUUUGGUCCUCCGAUGAAUUCAGCUGGUGCGGUCAGCGACGGUAGGCUCACCGCGGAAGAUUUCUCUGUAGCCGCUCGAGCUUUUGCCGAUAAAUGGAAAACUCAUAACCAAUCAUUCCCUCCAUGGUCAUGGGUUCCUCUGAUCAAUCGAACUCUACUUCUUUCAAAUCAGCAGGCGGAAGGUUACUUGUCGCUCGAGAAGAGCAUCAUUCUCAGUUCACUUGAGGAAAGUCCAGAGGAUGAAUCUCUGCAUUUAGCUACUGAGUGCUCGGAAAAAGAAGAAUCAGUUGAUCACGCAAUCUUGGUCCAGAACCAAGAAAAUGAAGCACAUUACUAUGAUUUUCAUUUAGUUUACAGUGCAUCAUACAAGGUUCCUGUGUUAUAUUUUCGCGGAUAUUGCAGCGAUGGACAACCUCUAUCUUUGGACGUCAUAAAAAAGGAUCUGCCCUCAUGCUCUGUUAGUCUUUUGGCUGAAUCUAAGUGGACGUUUAUAACACAGGAGGAGCAUCCAUAUUUGAACAGGCCAUGGUUCAAGCUACAUCCCUGUGGGACUGAGGAUUGGAUCAAGCUGCUUUCCCAAAGUAGCAUCUCUGCUGGAUGCCAGAUGCCAGUUGAGUUGUAUUUGGUUUCAUGGUUCUCUGUUGUCGGGCAGGUUGUUGGUCUUAGGAUCCCUCUUGAGAUGCUGAAUUAGUAGCCAUCUUCUCUUACAAACUAUAGGAUGUAAUCAGUGGCUCCAAACCCUCGGCAACAAAUUUUUAAGGUCCUAUAUACUUUCAUGGUGGCAAAAAUGGGAGUGUUGAUGGGGUCAAAGAAGUUCUCGUAUGUAUCAAGCAAACCAAUUAAAUAGUUGGUAGACUGAGUAAUGAAGACUUGGUCCAGGGAGGUUGUUAAUUUCUGUUUCGUUAGUGUGUAGAAGACUUUGAAAAGGGAAACUAGUCUUUACGUAAUUGACUUUUCCAGACGGAUUAAGUAAUCUGUGAAAACAAAUGACUAUUGUAUUCUUUUUCAUGCUUUGAAUGGGACGAGGAUGCGCAUCUCAAUUCA